AUGAAGAAAAUAAACGACAAUGCCUAUGUCGUGAAUCUUCCUUCUUCAAUGGGCAUAUUCAGCACUUUCAAUGUUGCGGAUCUACAUGAGUUCCAUGAUGAUGAGUCAAUUUAUCCUAAUGAUAACUCGACGUCGAGUUCUUCAGAAGUGGAAGGGACUGAUGUAGAACAAAAGGUGGAAGCAAUCAAAAAGGAGCUAGAGUGA